AUGCUUUACUAUCUGUCUGCAGGGAGAACCACCAGUGUCCUGCACCCCAGCAAGGACUCAAGGAGCUCACCAAAAGAAAUUCCAACUAGCAGCUAUGCUGCCUCAGCACAGGGUCUAGAGAUACAAAGAGAGGGCCAUCAGCUUCAGAGGAGCAGCCACCACCACCAGCACAGUGCUGAUGAUCUCCAGCUUCAGAACAAAGACCUCAUUUUCAGGAGUCCUGCUUCAUUCACAGAAGAGAGUUUCCAGAAUGACUACAUAGAAAAACUUAAAAUGGCCCAGAAAAAGGUUCUCAAAGAAACCUCCUUUAAAAGAAAAGACUUACAGAUGAGUCUGCCUGUCAGACUGAGACAGAAAUCCUCUAAAAGGCCAUCCAUUGAACACCUUCGGUCUUUCUCGUUAUCCAGUGCAAGUGAGGAUGCCAAACCUGUUCCUUGCUCCCCCUCCCAUCUGGAAUCCUUGGAAAGCUUCAAUAGAAAUGAAGAAAUAAGGAGGCCACAAAAAGGUCAAGCAGGGGGAAGGAAAAGGGUAACCCAAGAGCAAAAGAAACUGUGCUACUCUGAGCCUGAGAAGCUCAAUCACCUAAUGGAUAAGGAAAUAUCAUGGAGUCAAGCUAGGGAUGAAACCACUGAGCAAGGCACAGUGGCAUCCAGGAGAAGGGAUCUGGAGAACAGAGGAAAGGCAUUUUCCAGUUCAAGUGUCUCCAGGACAGAGCUGAAACAAAUCCAGCACAGUGCACUGAUCAAAUACAUGGAACGAAAGAUCAGUCAAAGGCCAGGGGGCUCACAACACCUCCCACUGCAGAAGCCACCCCUGCAGGAGAGGCUGUCAAAUCCCAAAGGCCCUCCUGGCCAGAUUUCCAACCCAAAUGGGAGCAGGAAGAUGCAGAAUGAUGAGGUUUUCUGCCAACCUCUCUCUGAACAGAAAUCACCAGAUGUUUUUCCUCCUUUGCCUUUUGCUCCCCCACGGAAUGGGAGCAGCAGGUGUGAUCCCAGCCAAGGGGACAGGAGCUGUACCAGCAAGUGUCCAUCUGCUGAAAGUCUCCCACAGGCAGGGGGUUCUGCAUCUGGGAGAGCUCCUGAGAGACCAAAAUCCACUCCUUCUUCCACACAGGAGCCGUGCAGAUGUGCCAGAUGUGCAGCAGCUCCGCGCCGGCGCCGUGGGAGCUGCCCGGGCCCCUCCAGUUUCUGUGAUCCUGAGAAAGAUGGACCCAAGAAUGAUGAACAUAAUGACAUAACUGGACGUGGGUGUGGUCAGGAUAAAAAGGAGCAGACUCCUGAAACCCCCAUUCCUGUCCCAGGAGAUGGAAGCAAGGAGAGUGCUGGAGUGGAGGAGGAAUGCAGAACUCAGUCUCUGGGUGGGAGUGCUGCACUCAAGCAUCCAGAGCAGGGGAUGCAUCUGCACACAGCACCAGCUGGGCCUCACCAAGGACACAAACAUCCAGGCAAAGGUCUCCUUGCCCAGGAAACAUCCCUGCACAGCACCCCUGAUGAUGUUCCCCUGGAGGGAGACACCCAGAGGAGGCUGCAGCCUUCUGAGGAGCAGCGGUACCAGGAGCUUGCUCUGGAGAUCAUUGCCAAAGACAGAUCUCUGGUGGGCAUUCUCAUGCCUCAUCCUCUUAGAAAAACUGCCUUGGACCUGAUGGAGGGUUUGUUUCCUGUUAACAUCUCCAUGCUGGAUAAAUCACGCAGGAAAAGGGGAAAGGCACAGCGUGUGCAGGAGAAUGACAGGAAAAGUCAUGGAGAUGGACCAGAAGAAUGUCCAAAAUCAGAGCAUGAAACCAAGCAAAGGAGCAAAUAUCCUGCCUCUAUGAGAAACCAAGUCCUGAAGAGGAACAGAGACAGCACAAGCGAGCUAGAUGACCUCACAUCUAAGAAACUGGAACUCAUGGCCAGCCUCCAGUCCAGGCUGCAGGCACUGUGGGAGGAGCAGGAGCUGGUUCUCCUGGAAGUCAGGGAAUGUGCCAGGUGGGGCGAGGAGCUGGAGGUGCUGCUGAGGGAGCUGUGCCAGCCGCAGGAGUUUGAGCGCUACCUGAUGUUCAUUGGGGACCUGGAGAAGGUGCUGAGCCUCCUGCUCUGCCUGUCCAGCCGCCUGGCCCGCGUGCAGAACGCCCUCAGCAGGACGGAUGGCAACACAGAGCCUGAGGAGAAGCAAUCGCUGAAUGAACGGCACCAGCUCUUGUCUCGGCAGCGGGAGGAUGCAAAGGACCUGAAGGAGAAUCUGGACAGGAGAGAACGUGUGGUCUCUGGAAUCCUUGCCAAAUACCUGACAGAGCAGCAGCUCCAGGACUAUCAGCACUUUGUUCAAGUCAAGACCUCCUUGCUGAUUGAACAGAAAGACCUCGAGGAGCAGAUUAAAUUUUUCGAAGAACAAUUAGAAAAUCUCGAGCAAAGUAUCCCCAUCUAA